UAGAAAUAGCGCGGGAAGUCUGAAGACGACGCGCGCCGUCGAUUCGAAAGCCGUUUGAUUCACGCACAACAUGUCAGCCAGAGCGUCGUCGACAAAGAUCACUGAUAUUUGGCAACUUGAUAACGGUGACCACGUUUCAGUGAAUUGUCUGAGCUCUGUAGACGGUAGCUUGGCAUCAUUGUAUCAUCAUGGUAUAUACAAUGAUGGGUGUGUGUAUCAUUUUUCCGGUGACACUAAACGAGAUGCGAGUUUGAAGGAAUCUACAAUUGAGGAUUUUCGGAAUGGACGAAGUGACCUACGUCGUAUCAAUUAUGAUGGACAGUCAUGUUACAAUUCUCAACAAGUUGUGGAGAGAGCCAAGGAGCUAGUUCGAAAUGGGGCAUGGCCAGGAUACCAGCCGCUCUCCAAUAACUGUGAGCACUUUGCAACAUAUUGUAAGACAGGGAUUCCCUACUCCAGUCAAGUCAACGACAUCUGUAGUAGUAUUAUUAAAUCUCUUGAUAUCAUUAGUAGUAUUAUUAAAUCUCUCAUUAAAUCUCUCAGUAUCAUUAGUAUUAUGAUUAUUAGUUUACUUAUUAUUAUUGCCAUGGUGUUCUUGGCUAUGGGUUACUAUAGGUAGUAAUCCCAACAAUCUUUUUACAAGGAUGAAUUCAGUCUAGACUUGAUGAUUCGCCAUUUAUGUGAACAUAUAAUAAAAAUAGUUGAACAAAAAUGACUAGUAUGUUUAGUGGUUUUUAUGUUGUC